AUCAUAGCUUCUUCGGCUCCUUUGCAAACAACACCCGACCGCUGCCAUGUCUGCUAAGCUCGUCCUCCUGGUCGCCCUCGCGGCUCUGGCCUCCGCCGCCCCCCGUCCCGACUCUCCUCCCGUCUACGGCGCUCCUCCCCCGACCUACAAGCAGCCAGGAAUGCCCUUCGAGUUCGCCUACGCCGUCAACGACGACUACUCAGGCAACAACUACGCCCACCAGGAGACCAGCGACGGUCACGUCACCUCCGGAUCCUACAGCGUGGCUCUUCCCGACGGCCGAACCGAGAUCGUCGAAUUCACCGCCGAUCACGACAACGGCUACGUCGCCAACGUCAUCUACGAGGGAGAGGCCUCGUACCCCGCCCCCGCCCCCUACCAACCCGCUCCAUCCUACCCAGCUCCCCCACCCCCACCCACCUACGCCUACAUCACCUACAUUAUCGCUGUUAGUGAUGUUGGCACCUGCACUGCCGCCUUAAUUUUACUAUUCGCGAAAGCAGUUCUCAUUUACAUUAUUAGAAAUUAUUUCUCGCCGCUGCAGCCAUCAAUCAUAACAAUGACGUCACGACUUCCACCAUGGCGGCGAGUAUAUAAAGGGCCUCCUCCUUCAGCCGAGCAACACAGCUUUCUCAGCUCCUUCGCAACCAACAUCAACAUGAGACUGAUCGUCCUGGUGGGCGCCCUCGCGGCUCUGGCCUCCGCCGCCCCCCGUCCCGACUCUCCUCCCGUCUACGGCGCUCCUCCCCCGACCUACAAGCAGCCAGGAAUGCCCUUCGAGUUCGCCUACGCCGUCAACGACGACUACUCAGGCAACAACUACGCCCACCAGGAGACCAGCGACGGUCACGUCACCUCCGGAUCCUACAGCGUGGCUCUUCCCGACGGCCGAACCGAGAUCGUCGAAUUCACCGCCGAUCACGACAACGGCUACGUCGCCAACGUCAUCUACGAGGGUGAGGCCUCGUACCCCGCCCCGCCCCCUACCACCCCGCUCCAUCCUACCCAGCUCCCCCACCCCCACCCACCUACGCCUAAACGCACCACCUAAACGCAAGCAGAACCUGGGCGGGACAACUCAAUCAUCGACCUGCAGAUUCAUACCCAAUUCAACUCACGAACCCUACUGCGUCUUGCCUCAACCUCCCGGACCCAAGCUCACCAAGUGCCAUCCACCAGCGACUCAUGAAGCUCUCUGACUCCCCGCUUCACUCCUGCAAGCACUCGUCCCGUCCGGCCCAGUCCCUGCUUGCUUUCCACGACGUCCCUCUCCAUCCUUCCACAUUCUUGCUGUUAUGGUUUACAAGACUUUUUAAUAUAUUCCUUCGAGAUAUUUUCAACUCUUGCCAUAUUCAAAGUGCUCAUAGACGACUGUCAAUUGGCACUUUAGUUGUGAUAAAUUAUUCUUGUAAAUAAAAGCAUGUAUACCAAAA